AUGGAAGAGACUGAAGCGCCGAACCUUGAGCGGGCGACUGGCCAGAUCAGAACUGUGCAGGCUUGCCAGCGAUGUCGUAGCCUGAAGACAAAAUGUCUUCCCAGUGAACGACCAGGCACGUGUCGAAGAUGUUUUUCUGCAAAACGUGACUGCCAAUGGGCUGAAGCGCCACGGCGUACGAAACGGGUUCGCGGGCCAUCACGAAUCUCACAAGUCGAACAAAAGAUAGAUGGUCUUGUCGCGAGUCUGGGCAAGAGGGAUUCUGAAAGACCAAUAGAUGUGUCUGACUUGACAACGAACCCACCAGCCGGACAGCACCCAAAACCAGGAAUAUUUCCUGGCAGCUGGGUCCCAUUUCCAUCCUCAUUUUCUGUGGAUAAUAAUGAGCCUGAGAAAGAAGAUACUCGACCUGAAAAGGAUGCUGACCCUGCCAAUCAACUCAUCGAACGAUUAAGGCUCAUCCAUUCCUUUAGCAACGAUACAGAUUCGAGUCGUCCGCCAGAUAACAUGUUUCAGUCUUCAUCUCGAAAUGAAGCACCUAUUAGCAAUGAAAUACUAAGGCAGCUGCUCUCUACUGGUGAAGCGGACACAUUGCUGAACGAAUUUCGAACUAUGUCUGAUUCAUUCCCGUUCAUGCCGAUUGCCCCAACGACGACUGCCUUUGAAUUAAGUGCCACUAAGCCGAUGUUGUUUCACGCGAUCAUGUUGGUAUCAACUCCAAAGGACCACAAGCGUCAGAUGGCCCUUGAUGAGGCCUACCGUUCCGAGCUUGCGAACCGUACCAUUAUACAUCCUCGCCGAACGCUCUCACUGGUGCAGAGUCUCUUAGUGUACCUUGCGUGGUAUCAUUUCAUCUUCAGUCAUAAAACGCAGCAGAUAUUCUCACUCUUGCAGCUCACUAUUGGUCUCGCGCUAGAUAUUGGCCUACAUCAGAAAAGCAAACGAAUGCCAAUCGAACUUCCUGGACGGAUUGUGCCCCCACUCCCAUCAGAUGAAGUACAGAGAGAACGGCAGCGAUCUCUCCUUGGACUUUACUAUCUUUCAUCCACAGUUGCGAUGGGAAUGCUCAAGCCGCACUUCUUGAAAUACAGCGACUAUAUGGCCGAGUCUUGCAAGAGACUGAGACGCGACCUUGAAUACCCUUCGGAUGAAUGCUUACAUCGCAUUCUAUCGCUUCGGCGCAUUGACGAUCAAAUGUACGAUGCUCUACACUCAGAAGAGGCACUCGAUCUACCAAUUGGCGACUCCCGUAUUGCGAUGAACCUCCGCUAUCUGAGUACGCAGUUAGAGGAGUGGAAGCGAGAAAAUGGAGAGACAGAUUCGAAUGGACUACGAGAAAUGUCAUAUGACUUCAGUGAGUUGCAAUUGUACGCUGUUUGUCUGCGGUCAGGGAAGCAAGUGUCACAAGCAGCAAGCUUUGAUCCACAGCAGAUGAAUGCGUUUUUCAAGUGCUUAGAGGCUGCCAAGAGGUUUCUAGAUACCCUUCUAGAUGUUCCUGUCAGCGACUAUUAUCGAUUCACUAUGCCGCUCUGGAUGCGCCUUCCAUAUGUGAUCAUCACUGCAUCAAGGCUUUGCAUCCCGAACGAUGCAAAUAGAGCUGCGCAGUGGGAUGUCAAAGCUGCACAGGAUCGUCUUCGCCUCGAUUUGUACUUGGAAUCCCUGAGUCAUCGCAUGCAGCUUCUCACAACAUACGAUGGCAUUAUACAGAAACACCAUGACUUCUGGUGUGCCAUGCGAAUGAUUAUGGACCUAACUCGCUCAUGGUAUUGUAACAAGACCCGUGGAAGUCGAGACAACGCAUCUUUGAGCAGCUCUUCUAACAAUCUUUCGACACCCGAGACAAUGACUAGCAGCAACCAUGAGCACACUGCUCCAGCUUCCGGGACGCCUUCUUCAUUCGGAACUAUGGGAGUUUCAAUGCCACCUAUGACAUCAAUGGGUAUGGACGCUGCAGGAGAAGACACUUUCUCGGGCUCCAGCGAUCCAUUUGCAUUUAUGCACGAAAUGGACUUCGAUAUGGACCAAUUUUUCGAUAUAGGAAUAUGGGGGCAUGAAGCCUAUGAGGGUAUGGGUUUUGGCGGUCACUCGUAG